CGCAGUGCACGCCGUGGCCGCCACGAGGAAGCAUCGCAGCGCAUAGCGGUGCGGCGCGAGACCCUCUUAGAGAAAGCGGGCGAUCGAACACCCGAAACGUCUACCGCAAACGUUCCCAAAAGGCGCCACAUGCGCUGCUGGGCGGGCAGUUCGGCGCCGCUGCGGGUGCCGCUGGAGCGGCGCCUGCAGACGCUGGCGGCCUCCUUGUGGUUCAUCACCUUCGGCUUCGGCAACAUCAUCGCCGGCCUCGUCGUGCUCGCCAUCCUCCUCUACUCGUACUACCUGCGCUGGCUGCUGCUGCCCUAUCUCGCCUGGGUGUGGUACGACAAGGACAUCUGCGAGCGCGGCGGCCGCAGGAAUAUGUCAACCCGCAGCUUCAUAGGCUGGCAUUACUUCCGGGAAUAUUUUCCUUUGCGAUUGGAGAAGACUGUUGAUCUAACACCUGACCGCAACUAUCUAUUCUGUGUGUUUCCACAUGGUGUUCUUAGUGCUGGUGCCUUUGGCCAAUUUGGAAAUGAAUUUGCACCAUUCAGAGAUAUGUUUCCAGGCUUGGAGCCUUAUGUGCAUACCCUGCAUAUACACUUUAUUACACCCUUCUUUCGGGAACUGGUUCUAGGAUUAGGAGGUUGUUCAGCAUCUUCUAAAAGCAUCAACUGGGUGCUGGGUGCUCCUGGAGUUGGUAGAGCUGGUAUACUGAUUGUUGGAGGUGCAGCAGAAUCUUUACAUUGUCGACCUGGUGUAUAUCGUGUAAUUCUGAGCAGACGAAAAGGCUUCGUGAAAAUUGCUUUGAAAAAUGGCACACCAUUGGUUCCUGUAUUUUCUUUUGGAGAAACAAACUUAUAUGAUCAGAUGCACAAUCCAGAAGGAUCAUUACUACGGCGUUUCCAAGAGUUUGUACGCAGAAAGACCACAGUAGCACCAGUUAUACCAAUUGGACGAGGUUACUUCCAGUAUUCCUUUGGUCUGGUACCUCGACGAAGUCUUGUCACUACUGUUGUUGGUCCUCCUGUGGAAGUUCCAAAGAUUCCAGACCCUACAAAUGAAGACGUUGACAAAUACCAUAAACUAUUUCAAGAUUCUUUAACAACCCUUUUUGAAGAAAAUAAACAUAAAUAUAUUCCUAAUGCUGACAACACAUUUUUGGAAAUAGAGUGAAUAAAUAAGAUCUGGAACAUUACUAUACUAACAUUAGCUACAUAAUGUGCACUUUUGAAUAUAUGAUUAAGUACAAACUCAAAUAUGCAUUUGAAAACAAAUGCAAACAUGCUGUGAUAAGAUUUUGGGUACAUUUAUUUAUAGAGAAAUUAAGGAAUGAAAUUGUGAUAUUCUUUUAUACUGUGAAAGUGUUAAAUACUGAUAAAUGUGACAGUGCAAUGCUUGAAAGACAAUGUUUUGAAGAGUGGGUGAAGGUUUGUAAGUUAGUUGUAAUUAAAAUGAAUGGUGUCAAACACUAUCUUUAGAGUUUAUUUUUCAAUUCCAAAUCUUACACCUUCAAACACACAUAAUUACCUAUUUAGUUGGAAAGUUAGGGUAUGAAAAUGCUUCAUUCAUACCAUUGAGGCUUCUGACUAUUUUCAUGUUGUUCUUUGUAGGAGUCUUGAAGUUGCUGAAAUCAUAUUUGAUUUAAGGGAUAUAUUUUUUCCAAAAUGCAUAAAAGACUUGCUACUGCCUGUAGAUCCAUCAAUAAAAUAGUGGAAGUUGAUUUUUUAUUUUCUAAUAAUAUUAGGAUUCUUUAAUUAUAAUGGGCUUUUCCGGAAAAAAGUUAAUUUCUUAUGCUAUAUUUAUGCUAUAUUUAUUACAAAAAGUACUUAUUUUGUAACUUAGAUUUGUGGUAGAUUAAAAUGGUAUAUAAUGUCUCUCUUCUCCU